GUGUGCUGGUGGUGUUUUUCAAAACCCACCAGGCCGCCCUUCAUUUUUUUAGGACGCGCAGCCCCGAGAAGGGGCUUAUUCUUUCUUGCGAGACGCGGUUCGCGUCUGUUUACUCCAUGCUGGAGAGGUUGUUGGCCCUGCAGGACACUUUGCACGACAUGAUGCGAAAGGACGACGCGUGGGCUUUUGCUUCCAUCCUGUGGUCCGCCGAUGUGUGCGUCAUGGCGCGGUGGGUGCGCCGACAGAUCAGAUGGGAUCCAUGGUGGCAGAGGGUGGCCACCAUCGUCCAUAUCAUGCAGCCCGUCAUGGAGUUGCUCAGGAGGAUGGAUCGUGGAGGACAGUACAUGUCCCUCAUGAUCGAGUGGACGCAGGAUCUUGUCCGCUGUGUCACGGUUGCAUGCGACCCUUUGGGGACGUCGUUCGCCGACCGGAUCAUGAGGCGUGUGCAGGCUCGCAUACAGCACAUGCUUGAGCCGGCUCACCGCGCAGGGUUCUUACUGAACCCGCGCAGGGUUCUUACUGAACCCCCGCAGGCGACACGUUCGCUACUUUUCGGGGCAGGUGGAGAGUUUGGGUCGGGCGCGCCACAGUUGCAGCGUUGUGCUCUUCGGGUGAUGCACAUGUGGUAUUGCGCUUCUCCAGCGGAGAGGAACUGGGCUGUCCACGAGGGCAUUCACACAAAGAAGCGCAACCAGUUGGCCUUCGAGAAGGUCGUGCAACUCGUUGAGAUCACCGCAAAUGUGCGGUUGACUGAGUAUCGGCGGGCUGGAUGCGGUUAUGUGCUGCCAUGGCAGCGGGACGAGGGCAUGUUGGAUUGCCAGGCAGGACUCGAGUUGGAGCCUGUGCGCACGGGAACUCGCAGGCGGAUGACGGACGAGGAGAUUGUUCGUCAGGUUGCACUUAUUACCCGGGAUCCCAUCGGGGCGUCCGCACCACCCUCGGCUGAUGCCGUUUUCGAUAGACGUACUUGCAUUUUUCGUCCCUACCCCAGGGACGACGACUCAGACGAGGAGCCGAUACCCGAGGCGGCAGAUGACCCUGCGCUUCGCAUUCCCCAGGAGAUCGACGAGACAUACGAGGAUCCCGACUCCGAGGACACGAGGACACAGACUGCACGACGGGCAGUGGACUGGGCGGAGAGCGAGAUGCUGGGGGGAGACGAGGACUUUUGGGGCCCAUUCGGUGAGGUCACUUCCACGGGCGGCCCAGAGGCGCAGGCGACGACCCCCACUCCGACGAGGCGGGAGUCGUCCAUGCCGCCACCUCCUGCUCCGAGUCCUACACCACGAUCGCCCGUCUCGCCACUUCAGCCGGACAGGGAGGAGUUGGGGUCCUCUUUGCCUCAGCGAGGCCUUCUCCACAGAGGCGGGGCAGAGGAGGGGGGACCUUCGGCAGCAGCAGUGGAGAGUUCGAUGGCACCAGCGGCUGUGUCGGACGCGACGAUCGCGGCCGCGGUGGAGGAGAUAGCAGCAGCAGCAGCAACAUCAGUGCUAGAGGAGAUGGCAGCAUCAGUGCUGGCGGAGGAUCCACCAUUGGCAGGAGGAGGUGCAACAGUGGAGGGGCAGGUGGCAGCAGCAGGAGGAGCAGGUGGAGGAGCAGCAGCAGUGGAGGUUGAGGUGGCAGCUGCACUGGAGGAGGAGGACGCACCGUUGGCAGCUGCAGUGGAGGAGGAGAUAGCCGCACAGGCCGAGGUGCAGCGUGGGGGCGAUGACGAGCGCCUCAUGCCGCAGUUCCUCACGGAGGAGCUCAGUCCUGCCAUAGCAGGUAUGACCCCGGGUGUGGAGAGGGGGUUUCGGAUUUCAGAUUCGGAGAUGGAGACACACUUAGACUUGGAUUUGUCGGUGGGCCUUCCAUCCAGUUGCGGCGGGGCGACAUCGACGGAUCGGGCUCCAUCAAGGGACGAGGCGCCAGGCAGGACUUCGACGCAGACCGCCAGAGAGAGGACGACGACUCAGUCUCCAGAUGCAGCACACGACAUCAUGGAGCGAGAGAGGGCUAGACUUUUGGCAUCGACUGACCCUCGUGCUCAGGCGUUCGCACGGGCCAUAGAGGACGUUAGGCGUAUAGAGAUAGGGGGGGAUUGUGUGCAGGGUGGGGUGGUGGCGGGGGAGGACGUUGCGGAGGGAGUGGCAGCAAGCCGGUACCCGAGGCUAUGUCGGGUGGAGCAGAGACAGCGGACGUUGCUGUGGAGGGACGGACUCAGGCGGUGGAUGGGGCAGUGCAGGCAGGACAGCGACGAGUCGAGGGGGCUAUAGACUCACGGCGCGAGGGGCAGGAGACAGCGACGGGUCCAGUCGUUCCGUUCUCGGGCCUGCACUUGGCUC